GAGGCCAGCUGGGUUUUCGAACUAGUUCACUCUUCUCUUUCUCUCUCUCUCUCUCUCUCUCUCUCUAAAUCUCCCUCUCUCUCUUCUGGUUUUUUUUUUUUCUUUUGUAGAUGAACAGUCAUAGACCAUGUUUAGGGUGCAAAAUUCUUAGCUAAGCUAAAAUUGAUUGAGUAAUAAUGUGAAGAAAGAAAAUUUUCUUGACUGGUAACUUGUGGGUUUUGGUUUCUGUUGGGUUGGGAGAAAGAAAGGUUUGCUUGUUGGGUUUUAUUAGUGUUUUCAACAUUUGGAUGGGUACAGAAGGGGGAGGAGUAAGAGGAGAAAUAGAAAAGGAGAAACAUGGUAGAGUGCAAACCAGGCAGCGGUGGUACAGUUGUAUACAACAGUAUCAUACAGGCUGGUCUAUCUCUAUACAUGAAAAUUCUCCAUACAAGUGAAAAAGAAUACUUGUUCACCUUCUAAAAGGAUCUCUCUCUCACUGAAAUCCAUAAACACACACAUAAACACAAAACAAGACUUGAAAAUAAAAAAAGGAACAAAGAUCUGUUUUGUUCUUAAAGUUCUUUUAUAGCCAUCAAGUCAUGAAGAGACUUAGCAGCUCUGAUUCUCUUGGUGCCUUGAUCUCCAUCUGCCCAACCUCAGACGAACAUAGUCCAAGAAACAGCAACCAUGUUUAUGGUAGAGAAUUUCAGUCCAUGUUGGAUGGCUUGGACGAAGAAGCUUGUGUAGAAGAAGCCGGCCAUGUCUCCGAGAAGAAAAGACGCUUAAGUGUAGAUCAAGUCAAAGCCUUGGAGAAAAAUUUUGAAGUUGAAAACAAACUUGAACCAGAAAGAAAAGUGAAAUUAGCGCAAGAACUUGGUCUGCAACCAAGACAAGUAGCUGUUUGGUUUCAAAACCGCCGCGCACGGUGGAAGACUAAACAACUGGAAAGAGAUUACGGUGUUCUUAAAGCUAAUUAUGAAACUCUUAAGGUCAAUUAUGAUGCUCUUCAACACGAUAAUGAAGCUUUACUCAAAGAGAUAAGAGAACUGAAAGCAAAAUUAGAUGAAGACAACGCUGAAAGCAAUGUUUCUGUAAAAGAAGAGAUAAUAAUAGCAGAAACCGAUGAGAAAGGAAGUGAAGAGCCACCUAUUCUUACUUCCAUUGCUGGAUCAGAAACAAAAGACAUGAAUUAUGAAAGCUUCAAUAUAAACAGCAGUAACAGUAAUAAUGGAAUAUUAGCAGUGUCUCUUUUUCCAGACUUUAAAGAUGGGUCAUCUGAUAGUGACUCGAGUGCUAUCUUGAAUGAAGAUAAUAAUAAUAGUAAUAACAGUCCAAAUCCGGCUAUUUCUUCAUCUGGAGUUCCUCAAAGCCAUAACCAGUUAAUGAUGUCACCUUCUCGGCCAUCUUCAUCGUCAUCACCGUUUCAGUUCAUUAAAACUGGAUCAUAUCAAACCCAGUUUGUGAAAAUGGAAGAGCAUAAUUUUUUUAGCAGUGAAGAGGCCUGCAAUUUCUUCUCUGAUGAACAAGCUCCUAGUCUUCAAUGGUACUGUCCUGAUCAAUGGAAUUAGAAAAUCUUAAAAAAAAAUGGGAAAUAAUUAAGAAGGUGGUGAUGAUGGUAUCUUAAAAGAAAGAAAGAAAGAGAGAGAGAGAGAGAGAUAGCUCCAAGGAUUUUGUAAAAUAGGAAGUGAAGAGUAUCUAUAUAUUUGAAAGCUCUUUACUUUUGAUCUCCACUGUUGAAAAGUGAAAAUUUUGAAGAGAUGGGGGCCAUGAAGAAGAAAGGAUUGGAUGAACAAAAAUGGUAAAAAAAGAAUUGGAAAAGCAAAAGAAAGAAAUUCGAGCUGCAAAGAGAAGUAGAGAGAGAGAGACAGAGCACGUGGGGGCUUAGGUGAAAGGUGACGAUAAAUUAGUGGGUACAUAUAUAAUAUUCUCUUUCUUAUAAGCCGUGCGGGAAUGAUUAGGUCGUAAUUGGAGCCUCUAUCUGCUGCUGUAAAAAGUUGUUAAGGAGACAAAAAAAAAAAAAAAAAA